UACAAGUGAAGGGAGAAAAGUCAUGGUAAAUGUCACUAAAGGACUUUUAGUUGAAUGUGAUGCAGCUAUGAAGCAGUUUCUAUUGCAUCUGGAUGAGACAUUUGCCUUAGGACGAAAAUUUAUUAUUCAAGAUCUGGAUGAAAGACAUUUAUUUAUUUCUUCUGAUAUUUUAGAUACUUUGCAAACAAAAGUAGAUGAUCUUAUGGAUCAGAUAUCAUUUCCUUUAGCAGAAAAAGGAAUAUAA